AUGCCUCCAACAACCCCGUCAUCUUCGAAUGGCCGAAGCAGUGUCGAAUUCCAUAGACCGAACUCUGAAUUCAUAAUGACGCACACCAUCCCGCCGACUACGUCUGAGCACGGCCAUUCGAUCGUCCGGCCUCCCUUCCACUACCACAUCUAUCAAUCCGAGCGCUUCCACGUCGUCUCAGGCGAAGGGACCUUCCGGAAAGGCACUGGCCGGGAGCCUUGGAUAACACUCUCCUCCGUGCCAGGCGGGCAAUCCACAGCAGGCGUCAAUGCUGGCGUAUACUACAAGUUCGAGAACGCGUCGAAGACAGACCCCCAGGUCAUCGACAUCCAGCUCGAUCCCGAGGCCUACGAGAGCGAACAGCGUUUCUUCCGCAACUUCUUCGGCCACAUGGACGAUUGCAGGAGGCCAAGGUGCAGCCGAGUAUUUUUCAGUUGA